AUGGACACCACCACCUCCAUAAAGAUGACCACUCUGGCCAUUCAGAACCUGUUUGUUCUGGUGGAGGAGGAGAACCUUCCCGGGAUGAAGAGCCACCUGGACCGAUACAAGGAGGUGGACGGCCGAAGCGAUAAUGGUCAGACUCCUUUGAUGCUAGCAGCGGAGCAGGGCAGUCUGGAGAUCGUUCAGGAGCUGAUCCGCAGAGGAGCUAACGUCAACCUGGACGACGUGGACUGUUGGUCAGCUCUGAUCUCUGCCUCUAAAGAGGGUCACCUGGAAGUGGUGAAGGAGCUGCUGGAGAACAGUGCUUACAUUGAGCACCGUGACAUGGGGGGGUGGACCGCUCUGACCUGGGCAUGUUACAAAGGACGAACUGAAGUGUGUAAACUGCUGCUGGAAGAAGGAGCCAACCCCAACACUACAGGACAGCAGUACAGUGUGUAUCCCAUCAUCUGGGCGGCAGGUCGGGGUCACUCAGAGGUCGUACGUCUGCUGUUGGAACACGGAGCCAAAGUCAACUGUUCAGACAAGUAUGGUACCACUCCUCUGAUCUGGGCGGCGAGGAAAGGACACUAUGACUGUGUGAUGCACCUGCUGGAGAACGGAGCCGAUGUCGACCAGGAGGGGGCGAACUCUGUGACGGCCCUGAUUGUGGCGGUCCGUGGAGGGUACAGUGACGUGGUGAAGGAGCUGCUGAAGAGAAACCCUAACGUUAACAUGACGGACAAAGACGGGAACACGGCUCUGAUGAACGCGGCCAAAGAGGGAUUCACCGAGAUCAUCCAGGACCUGCUGCAGGCUGGAACCUACGUCAACAUCCCAGACCGGAGUGGGGACACAGUCCUGAUUGGAGCUGUCAGAGGAGGACACGUGGAGAUUGUCAGAGCUCUGCUGCAGAAGUACGCUGACAUCGACAUCAGAGGACAGGAGGGCAAGACCGCCCUCUAUUGGGCAGUGGAGAAAGGGAACUCAACGAUGGUGCGAGACAUUCUGCAGUGUAACCCCGACACUGAAACCUACACUAAGGAUGGAGAAACGCCUCUGAUUAAAGCCACAAAGAUGAGGAACAUUGAGAUUGUGGAACUGCUGCUGGACAAAGGAGCCAAGGUGUCAGCGGUGGACAAGAGAGGAGACACACCCUUACACAUCGCCAUCCGUGGCCGCAGCAGGCGAUUGGCCGAGCUGUUGCUAAGAAACCCCAAAGAUGGCCGCCUUCUCUACCGCCCCAACAAGAGCGGAGAGACUCCAUACAACAUCGACUGUAACCAUCAGAAAAGCAUCCUGACCCAGAUAUUUGGAGCACGUCACCUGUCGCCCUCAGACUCGGGCGGGGACAUGCUGGGGUAUGACCUGUACUCGUCAGCUCUGGCAGACAUCCUGAGUGAGCCUACCAUGCAGCCGCCCAUCUGUGUGGGGCUCUACGCCCAGUGGGGCUCUGGGAAGAGCUUCCUGCUCAAGAAACUGGAAGAUGAGAUGAAGACGUUCGCAGGGCAGCAGGUGCAGCCUCUGUUCCGGUUCUCCUGGUUGGUGCUGGUCCUGGUCCUGGUCCUGUGUGGAUCAGUGGGUCUGGUUCUGGGGUUCACUGUGGAUCCUCGUCUGGCUCUGGCUGUGGCUCUGACGCUCCUCGCUCUCAUCUACUGCUUCUUUGUGGUGGUGUACUUUGGCGGCCGCAGGGAGGGGGAGUCCUGGACCUGGGCGUGGCUCCUCUCCACAGCUCUGGCUCGUCACAUUGGUUACAUGGAGCUGUUGCUAAAGCUCAUGUUCGUGAAUCCUCCAGAGCUGCCAGAGCAGAGCACCAGGGCCCUGCCCGUCCGGUUUCUCUUCACAGACUACAGUCGUCUGUCUUCAGUGGGAGGAGAGACGUCGAUGGCUGAGAUGAUCUCUACUCUGUCUGACGCCUGUGAGCGAGAGUUUGGAUUCAUUGCCACCAGACUCUACAGGGUCUUCAAGACCGAGGAGAACCAGGGAAAGAGGAAGUGGAGGAGGUCCUGCUGCUUGCCCUCUGUGCUGGUCUUCUCGGUGGUCCUUCUCUGUGUCCUGGCAGGUCUGGGAGCACUGGCCUUCCUCAGAGCCGAAUCCAGGUCCAGGUCCGGUCCUGGGUCUGAGGCCGAGGACCAGGCUUACCAUGAAGCAGUCCAUGCGGUCCUCAUCGCCCUGGGCUCAGUGCUGGCUCUGCCUCUACUGCUUCACUGUAAAACUUGGUUCCACAUGGUCCACUCUCUGCUGCACUCUCAGCGCAGCCGGCUCCACAGCGCCACCAGCAGGCUGCACAAGCUCAAGAGCGAGGGAUUCAUGAAGGUUCUGAAGACUGAGGUGGAGCUCAUGGCCCAGAUGUCUCGCACCAUCGACAGCUUCACUCAGCACCAGACGCGUCUCGUGGUCGUGAUCGACGGACUGGACUCAUGUGAACAGGACAAGGUUCUGCACAUGCUGGACACGGUGCGAGUGCUCUUCUCCAAAGGGCCCUUCAUCUCCAUCUUCGCCUCAGAUCCUCACAUCAUCAUCAAAGCCAUAAACCAGAGUCUGAGCAGCGUCCUGCGAGACUCCAACAUCAACGGUCACGACUACAUGCGCAACGCCGUGCACUUGCCGGUCUUCCUCCACAGCAGAGGUUUAUGCUCCGCGAGGAAACCGCCGCCACCCCAGCCGCCUCAGCCACAGCCGCAAGCUAACGGGGAUACGGACACUGCACCACGCCAGUCCUUCUCCGAGACCGGGUGGCACGAGGAGCUGGACCGAAAACUGUCUCAGAGCAGUUUGGCUGACCUCAAGUUUGGAAGCAGGACCACACUGAACCGACGAGACACAGCCUCUCGCCGCAGACUCAGACCAGUCCGACAGCUGUCUCUGGAUUUGUCCAAACUGAUGUUGGCUGAAGACUGGUUCAACGACAUCAGUCCUCAGAGCAUGAGGCGCCUGCUCAACAUUGUGUCUCUGACAGGGCGCCUGCUGCGGGCCAAUCAGAUCAGUUUCGGCUGGGACCGCCUGGCCUCCUGGAUCUCCCUGACAGAGCAGUGGCCCUACAGAACCUCCUGGAUCCUCCUGCACCUGGAGGAGAGCAGCGAUGUCCACGACCAGGCCUCUCUGAGGUCCAUCUACGAGAGAGUCUCCAAGUGGGUUCCUUCGUCCAAAGAGGUGGAGCCGCUGCUGGAGAUAGAUGCAGAUGUCCGGAGUCUGGAGGUUUUCCUCUCGUCUCGUCAGCCUCCGCUCACAGCACGAGACGUCAGGACCUUCUUACCCUGCACCAUCAACCUGGACCCCAAGCUGAGGGAGAUCAUCUCAGAUGUUCGUGCAGCUCGAGAAGUUGGCCCCGCCCCCUCCUUUGAUCCCAGACCCACCUCCAUCUACAGCUCAGUGUCGCCCUCUGUGUCAUUCAGCGGAAUUACACCUCAGCACCCGUACUACAACAGGCCGUAUUUCCCUCAUCACGUUUAUGCGGCACCACAGCGCCCCCUUGUGGCCGCUCCAUUCACCUGCCCCAUGUAUGCUCCCAUGAGGCUCAACUACAGACCUGCCCCCAGCUGGGACCAUGUCUCAUCUUUGAAACGCAAGCAGGGCUCCAUGUUGGUCCCACCCCUGCUGCUCAACGCCAUGACAACAGAAGCAGUUUGUGAGCGUGUGCAGACGAUGGCCGGGAUGGACGCCAGUAUGAUUCCACAGUACAGCGCCACCAUCAGGAAGGCAAACAUAAACGGCAGAGUUCUGUCUCAGUGCAACAUCGAUGAACUGAAGAGAGAAAUGAACAUGAACUUUGGAGACUGGCAGCUGUUUAGAGCCGCGGUGAUGGACAUGCGUCGUGCUGAGGGGCUGCGGGAGGAAGUGGGCAGUGAAGCAGGAAGUGUUGCCGUGGAGUCGGUGCGUAUGGCCCCACCCCUCGCCAGGUCAGAGUUCGGCUUCAACAUGAGCUUUGACGAGCUGAGCACCCUGGGUCUCGAGGAGCGCCCCCGCUGGACCGCCGCGAACCCCCCGGACUCUCCAGACUCGGUGGAUCUUUGGCGUCUGACCGACCGACAGCAGGCAGAGUAUCGCACUGCGUAUCAGGACUACAUCACCCACAUAGAAGAUCAUGAAGAGGAGGAACCAGGGACCAGCUCCAGAGGCCAGAGUCGAGACCAGACCAAGACUGGGCAGUACCUGAAGCUCAGCGACGAAGACUCCGAGGCCCUGGACAAGAAGGACUCGUCAGACUCUGGAGUCAGGUCCAAUGAGAGUUCUCCAAACCACUCUCUUCAGGAAGAGGAGCCGAGUCGCUCCAAACCGAUCCAAGAUGGCCGCCCGUCGAUCCAAGAUGGCCGCAUGUCCAUCUGCUCGGACCAAGGCAGUGUGGGAGCUCACGUGUGGGAGGAGGAGGCCUUCAACAACCUCAACAAGACCAAGACUCAGCAGAUCCAGGAGACCAGCCCCCAGCCCAUUCUGAACAACAACAGCCCCGGAGGAGACCAGACCCAGACACAGACCCAGGUCCACACCCAGAACGAGAACGUGAGGGUCCUGCAGCUGAAGCGUGGCCUGAACCCUGGAGACCCACCUCAGGUCACCACUGUGUCUGGAGAAACCGUGUCCUUUAGCACAGAGCGAGAGAGCAUCCUGUGA